GAUGUAAAGUAUGUUAAAUCCUAGGAUUCUUUUCUUUUUGUACCUUCCUUGAUCUUUUGAUGGCUGCUAAACCAAAGUUUAGCCUAAAACUCCUCAUUGAUGAAGAGAAAAACAGAGUUGUUUUGGCUGAGACUUGUAAAGACUUUGCAGAUGUUCUCUGCAGUCUUUUGACACUUCCUAUGGGAACCAUUGUCAGGCUGCUGGAGAAGCAUCAGCAGAAUCCUCAGUCUUCUUCAAUCGUAGGUUGCUUUCACAAUCUUUACAAAAGUGUUUCAGACAUGGCCAUCGAUAAUUUCAAGACUCCAGGUUGUAAACACUUGUUGAUGCAUCCAAGGAGUAUGAAGGAGAGUCAUUGCAGGAAGCUAAAGCUGAACGUGGAUGACACUGAGGCGACCAAGUUCUUUCUAUGUCCAAAUUUUGUGUCUGUUGAGUCUUGCUGUAAGGUGUACAGCAAUGUAAGUACUUCAAGAUGUAGCUGUGGAAACUCAAUGACACGCGAGUUUCAGGUUGAAGAUGGAGAGGAAGAUAAAGUGGAUGGAGUGUUUCUCAGCUGCAGAACGUCUUAUAUUGUUACAGAUGAUAUGAAAGUGGCAGUAAACUCUAUGGGACUUGUACUGAAUGUUCUCAAUGGUCUUGGCUAUUCUGGUUUUGAUAAACUUCAAGAAAUGGUUAUUGAUGUUGGUUUUGAAGAGGUACUUUGACUUUCAUUGCCACGUUAUGUUUAGAUCAUGUUUAGGCUUGGGUGUUCGGGUUUUU